GUAGACCCAAGCUGGAUCUCUCUCUUGAGGGGCGAAGAUGGCGAGAGACAAGCUGAAGCCCCCCAUCCUCCUUUUGGCGCUCUCCUUACACUUUGUGAAGUCCUGCGCGGCUGCGGAAGCCCAGAAGCCGUCCAUCAUCCCCACAGAUAAAUUAUUAGUCCUAACUGUAGCAACCCAAGAAACCGAUGGAUAUCAUCGAUUUAUGCAAUCAGCCAAGUACUUCAAUUAUACUGUGAAGGUUCUUGGUAAAGGAGAAGAAUGGAAAGGUGGAGACAAGGCAAACACUAUUGGUGGGGGCCAAAAAGUAAGAUUACUGAAAGAAGCAAUGGAAAGUUAUGCUGAUCAAGAAGAUUUGAUUGUGUUUUUUACUCAAUGCUAUGACGUCAUCUUUGCUGGAGGUCCUGAAGAGCUACUAAAGAAGUUCCAAAAGACCAACCAUAAAGUGGUGUUUUCAGCAGAUGGAAUAUUAUGGCCAGAUAAAAAGUUGGCAGACAAGUAUCCCACUGUCCACAUUGGAAAACGCUUCCUUAACUCAGGAGGAUUUGUUGGAUAUGCACCCUAUAUAAACCGUAUUGUUCAACAAUGGAACCUUCAAGAUAAUGAUGAUGACCAGCUCUUUUACACUAAAAUUUAUAUUGACCCACUGAAAAGGGAAGCUCUUAAUAUUACAUUGGAUCACAAGUGCCGGAUUUUUCAGGCCCUCAAUGGAGCUAUUGAUGAAGUUCUCUUGAAAUUUGAAAAUGGAAAAGCAAGAGCAAAAAAUACUUUUUAUGAAACUUUACCGGUGAUAAUUAAUGGCAAUGGCCCCACUAAAAUUCAACUAAAUUAUUUUGGAAAUUAUAUUCCUAAUGCUUGGACACAGGAAAAUGGAUGUACUCUGUGUGACUUGGAUGUAAUUGACCUAUCAACUCUAGAAGACUAUCCAAGGGUAACAAUUGGUGUUUUCAUUGAGCAGCCAACUCCUUUCCUACCUCGAUUUCUAGAGUUAUUGUUGACACUGGAUUACCCCAAAGAAGCUAUUAAAUUAUUCAUUCAUAACAAUGCGGUCUAUCAUGAAAAGCACAUCAAAGAAUUUUGGGAAAAAGCUAAAGAUGUGAUCAAGAAUAUAAAAAUUGUUGGUCCAGAGGAAAAUCUAAGUCAAGCAGAAGCCAGAAAUAUGGGGAUGGAUCUCUGUCGUCAGGAUGGCCAGUGCGAUUAUUACUUUAGUCUUGAUGCAGAUGUUGUUCUAACAAAUCCAAAGACUUUGAAGAUACUGAUAGAGCAAAACAGAAAAAUCAUUGCCCCACUUGUAACUCGACAUGGAAAACUAUGGUCCAACUUCUGGGGAGCAUUAAGUCCUGAUGGUUAUUAUGCUCGAUCAGAAGAUUAUGUAGACAUUGUCCAAGGCAGCAGGGUAGGGGUAUGGAAUAUCCCAUACAUGGCUAAUGUGUACUUGAUUAAAGGGCAGACUCUCCGAUCCGAGAUGAAUGAAAGGAACUAUUUUGUCCGUGAUAAAUUGGAUCCUGAUAUGGCCCUUUGCCGAAAUGCAAGGGAAAUGGGUGUGUUCAUGUACAUUUCUAACAGACAUGAAUUUGGAAGACUAUUAUCCACUGCUAAUUAUAAUACUUCCCAUUAUAAUAAUGACUUGUGGCAAAUUUUCGAAAAUCCAGUGGACUGGAAGGAAAAAUAUAUAAACCAUAACUAUUCCAAGAUCUUCACGGAAAAUUUAGUGGAACAGCCUUGCCCAGAUGUCUUUUGGUUCCCGAUAUUUUCUGAAAAAGCUUGUGAUGAAUUAGUGGAAGAAAUGGAACACUAUGGACAGUGGUCUGGGGGGAAGCACCAUGAUAGCCGUAUAUCUGGUGGUUAUGAAAAUGUCCCAACUGAUGAUAUCCACAUGAAGCAAAUUGGAUUGGAGAAUGAAUGGCUUCACUUUAUCAGAGAAUUCAUUGCACCAGUUACACUGAAAGUUUUUGCUGGCUACUAUACAAAGGGAUUUGCAUUGCUGAAUUUUGUAGUUAAGUAUUCUCCGGAUCGACAGCGUUCUCUCAGACCCCAUCAUGACUCUUCAACAUUUACAAUCAAUAUUGCUCUCAACAAUGUAGGAGAAGAUUUUCAGGGAGGUGGAUGCAAAUUUCUAAGGUAUAAUUGCUCUAUUGAGUCACCUAGAAAAGGUUGGAGCUUCAUGCAUCCUGGAAGACUUACUCAUUUGCACGAAGGACUUCCUAUUAUAAAUGGAACAAGAUAUAUUGCAGUAUCAUUUAUUGAUCCAUAAAUUAUUUUCCUCCGAUCAAACCAGGUUACCUUUUAUUUUUGAAUGGCCAUUCUACAAAAAGAAAAAAAAGUGUUUUUUCAAAGUUAUCAGUGAGAAGAAAAGAGAAUUAUUUAAAUAACUUCUACAAAGCAGCUUCACUUGGGACACAUUUUUUAAAUUUUUUUCUUAUAAUUAUUCCAUACUUAUAUGCAGAUGUCUGCUCUGAGCCUUGAGUCACAGGUUGAAAGAGAAAAAAAAGGGGGAGAAAAAGUACCAAUGCUGCUCUUGGAAAGGAUGAAAGAAUUAACUUUGAAAUGGUUGUUUUAGUUACUCAAUAAUUUAGACACGGUACAAGUGAAAUCUGAGGUUUGCAAUGUUUAUUUUCUUAUUUAGUAAAGCAGUCCCAGAAGAAUUGUGUUUACUGCUGUUUGGAGGAAAGAGUCAAAGUGCAUGUAAUAGACAAGCAAAAUUUAAAGCCCCAGGAGCCUAGAAUCUUUGAUCUGAAUUUGCCUUUAAUUUCCAUUCCUGUUGUGGUGCUGGUUUCUGGCGCACUUCUCUUUCACAUAUUCCUUAAACUCCUGAAGCCAUCUUUCUUCUAAUGAAGCUUAAGAAGAGGAUUACUGUUUAAGUGGCCUGAAGAAUAGGAAAACUACACAUUCUUCCUGUUACCUCAAGUAUAUAUUGCUGAAUAUGUGUCAUCAUGAAAGAGAAACUGAAUUUUGUAUUAUCACCAAGUGUCCUUCAGUCCAAAUGUUAAUUUUGAAAAGCCAGAAAAUACUAAAAAAUAAAAAGUAGAAAAUUUUCAUCCAGACUAUAGGUAAAUUUCAUAAUAAUAUUUCUUGUUUUAAGUACUUGAAUUUUAUAUCAGGAAAAUGAAGUUGUUGAGCCUAUCUUCUUUCUCUUUUUCCCUUUCUUUUUUUAAAAAACAAUUUUCUAUCCCUCCUCCACUUCAUUCCUUUGUUUUAUUAUUUUUUGCCUUUAUUCUUCAUUCUUCUAUUCUCCCUUUUCUACAUUUUCCUUAUCCCUCUUAAUUGGAGGGGAGGUGGGUAGGCCCAUCAAAAUAAGUGUGUGUUGACUUAUUUCCAUCUAGUUUUAUGAAUGAGCUUUAAGAAUUCUUACUGUAGCUACUGUUUGUAAUUUAAAGAUUAAACUUGAAAAAAAACAACAACAAAAAAUAUCUUAAAUCAUGGUGCCAAAGACCAUUAUUCUAACACCAUGUGUUAGAAACUUGUGAUAAAUAAAGAGAAAAAGAUAGAAAAAUUUGAGUUUUUUUAAAAAAAUGUAUUAGUAAAGAUCUUUUUUAAAAGGGUAUUAAUAAAGAUCUGAG